CAUUCGCUCAGCUGCUCUUCUUGUUGAGGGCGUCCCAAUCUGCUUCAGCAGUACAGAUCAGUCCAGCUUCUCUCUCUCUCUCAUAAGAGCAGCGCAUGCACGUACGCUCGCACACACACACACCCACCACGCAGAGAUACACACUCACAGACGCGCUCACACACACGCAGACAGGCACAGACAGGCACACCGAGCAGCCUAAUCCACCAGCUCCAAGACGCAGCCAGAGCCAGCUAAAAGACACAGCCCCGUAACAGCAGGCCAGCAUGGAUGCACUGAAGAAAGGAUUCUCCAUGGCCAAGGAGGGCGUCGUGGCGGCAGCGGAGAAGACCAAGGCAGGGGUGGAGGAGGCAGCUGCCAAAACCAAGGAGGGAGUCAUGUAUGUGGGGAACAAGACAAAGGACGGGAUGGUAGCAGGUGUGAACACAGUGGCCCAGAGAACGACUGACCAGGCCAAUAUUGUUGGGGACGCAACGGUUUCCGGGGCCAAUGAGCUGUCUCAGCAAACAGUGGAGGGGUUGGAGAAUGUGGCGGUGAACUCUGGAUUGGUGAACCAGGAACAGGGACAGGAAGAAGCCGUAGCUGUAAAGGCUGAGCAUGAGGUGGCUGGUUUUGGUUUGGAAGGGGGUGACUUCUCACAGGGAGCUGAGCAGGCCGGGCAGGCAGGACAGUAGAAGAGUGUGUGUUUGUACUUCUAUAGAGGGGAGAGUUGGUCCUGACCUCAGUGAUCAGCAGCGGCCUCCCUCGUCUGUUUUAGCUGCUGCUUGUCCUGCGUCUCCCAUCGCCACCUCAUGGGCCCUGGGGAACACUACCGCUCCCAGUGUCUCCUCUCUGAUGCUUUCUUUGUGUGACUCGAUGGAAACAAAAACAAAUGGAAAAAUCCUCCCCAGCCACAACAACCCUCACCAUACACACUCUACACAUUCCUACCCUAAUGCCUUUACUGUCCAUAUACCUCAUCCCAGACAUUUACCCACCUUACCACUGUGACCUUCCUCACCCCCCAUCCCCUGCGCCCAUCACUCAAGAUCACCUUACCACACAUACAGUACACACACGCAUACACACCACGACAUUGAGAAAGACUUUGCAGAACAAUAAUUUUCUUCCUCCCCUAGAGGUUCGGCAAUGUGAGACUUACUGGUAGUGUGCACGCUGUAAGCUAACGCAACACCUGUACUUAUACUGUAGAUGUACUUAUAUCAGUGUAUGCUUUGGUCAGGUUUGUUGAUUAAGAUGUGUUUGAAGCCUGUGUAUAUUUAACCCCUUGUGUCUUAAUGCCUGACAUCCCCUAUCCCUUAUUAUGACAGAUCAGGGUUCAGGGUCAGAGUGAAAGUGGAGAUCUGGGUUAACAGUAUGACAUAUUGUCUGUUUACUCCCCAUACUCACAUGACCCAUCACAUGACCCAGUCUCACACCUGCAAUGGGGCUGCAGUACAUGCAGGGUACUAUGGGAACUAUGUAUCUGAUAAACAGAUACAGUCUGUGGUGUUUCCUGCUGUCUCUCCACCCAAACCUGGGUCUGCAAUUAUAGAGUUAUCAAAGAGAGAAAAGUUACAUCAGGAGUUUGCAAUGGCCUUUAUCUAUAAUUUGUUUGACUAGUUGCAAUGAAAGGCAAUAAAUAAGAUCUGUUGAGGCGUUUUUGUAUGUGAUCAGAUUAAAGAUAAAGUAUAAGGUUCCCACAGAUUCAGUAUUUAUUCCAUUCCAGCCAUUACAAUGAUCCUCCUAUACCGCCUCCCACCAGCCUCCUCUUCUUGAUAUCCCAUACAUAUGGUCUCCGAGGAAUCAAAUCUCUCCACCCCUUCAUCAUGCUUUCACUGUUCUGUCAUACAAGCCACACCUCCUGUCACUCAACAAUGUGCCCUGGCCCCUCCCCUGUCUGUCUGCUCUCGGUGGCUAAAACAGGUCUUUUAAACCAUUACAGUGUUUGGCGUUUGAAGCCAUCUGAAACGAGACUGCAUGUUGCCUUACUAACAUCCAGACACACAUUCAUUGGUACUAAAAACAUAACCGCACACAAAUAAAAAUUCACAUAUCACACACAUUUAUCCAAGAAUUAGAGUUGACACACUGGCACACACGUUCACACAGAAAUGCAAAUAUAUGUUGGCAUCAAAGCAGACUGUUUAUUUUAUAAACAGUACAACUGAACUGAAAUAAAUAAAAUAUUGUUUAAAUCCAAAGUA